ACAAUCGAAGAACAAAGAAACAGUUUCACCAUUUUCAUGGCAAAUACUCUCGAGGGUAUUUGAUGUCUAGAAGAAUGAACUAGAAAAUUUACUUAGAGAAUGACAUAUGUUGAAUAAAAUAUAUGAAUUAUUGCAAUGUCAUUAAAAAUAAUGUUCCCCAUUUCAUAGGUUUACACACACAGAAAUUGGUUUUCCACACAUUCACUUUCGUAAGUUGUAUAACAUGUGCAGUGCAUGAAAACUUGCCUCUCGUGUAGACAUGGGCGCUCUGUGGCCUCUGGUUCGGGAGUCUUGAUUAUCGUAAAUCAGCUGUUCAAAGUUCUUGUAUUUAUUUACAAUACAAUAAUGCCUAAAGUUCGAAGAAGCAAACGAGCACCCCCCGAAGGAUGGGAGCUAAUUGAGCCUACAUUAGAAGAAUUGGAGCAGAAGAUGAGAGAAGCUGAGACAGAACCUCAUGAAGGGAAACGUAAAGUGGAGGCAUUGUGGCCAAUUUUCAAAAUUCAUCAUCAGAAAUCGAGGUAUAUUUAUGAUCUCUUCUACAGACGUAAAGCUAUCAGUAGAGAGCUCUAUGAAUAUUGUCUUAGAGAAAAUAUAGCAGAUAAGAACCUCAUUGCUAAAUGGAAGAAACAAGGAUAUCAAAAUUUGUGUUGUCUCCGGUGCAUUCAAACCCGUGAUACAAAUUUUGGGACAAAUUGUAUUUGCAGAGUACCAAAGGGAAAAUUGGAGGAGUCACAUUUACCAAAGAUUGAACACUUGCAGACUGACCACCUUAUAAUAACACUGGUACUUCGUCAUACUUAA